UAGACACCUUCAGGUUGUGUUCUGACCACAAAGUAACUACAGUGUCUUCCUAGUGCAUUAUAAAGCCGUUAUUUUCUCUUUGCUUUUACUCUUGUCUUAGUUGAAUGUCAGAGGCGAUACAUUGACUUGUUGUAGGACACAAUGGAUGUUCACAGCUCUUUGAUUGUUUUUCUUAUUUUGCUCUUUGCCUUUUUCAAAGGGGCAGUUUCUAUUGUUGGAGGCAAAGAUGUGACGGAAAAAAAACAUAAACCUUGGAUGGUGUCUGUACAGAAGGACGAGCGGCAUGUGUGUGGAGGAAUUCUCAUUAAAGAUCAAUGGGUUUUAACUGCAGCUAGUUGCAAAGAACAACCACAAAAAUCUGUGACAGUUCUUAUUGGAGCUCUUUCUCUGAAGAAAUUUAAAGGCUCUCAGCGUGUUGGCAUUCUCGACUUUAAGUACCCCACAACAUACAAUCAGAAAACUAAUCAAGAUGACAUCAUGCUCAUUAAGCUAAACAAAAAAGUGAAAGUGAAGCCAAUACAAAUCCCAAAAGAGGAGAAAGACAUUCCAACUGGAAAAACAUGUGUUGUGAUGGGUUGGGGAACCACUGAUUCGAAAGUUAUGAGCCCCUCCGAUAAACUGCAAAUGUUAGAGGUGUCAGUUAUGAACAGAAAACGGUGCAAUCAAUUCUACAGCGAGUAUUUUGAGAUUACAACAGAUAUGAUGUGUGCAGGAAGCAUGGAGACAAACAGAGGCACUUGUUGGGGAGAUACCGGUGGACCACUAGAAUGUAAACUUUCUAGCAAGCUGCGUAGUAAAAGUAACGUUGUUGGGGUGGUUUCAAGAUCAAAAGGAUGUGGUGAUCCCAGGAAACCGACAGUGUACACUUUUCUUUCAAAAAGACACAUUUCCUGGAUUAACAGCAUACUUAAAAAACAAUUCAACAGCACAACAUUUUAAAAAUGAUACAAAGUCAUAAAUUGUCAGCAUGGUCAGGUAACAUUGUGCUAUGUUAAAACAGUUGCUUAUUUAGUUGAAACAUUACUCACUUUGUUAUACAUCCUUAGCAAACAUUUUACAUUGUUUUUGACACUCUUUGUGGAAUUACUGAGAAUUGUAAUCUUGAUUGUUUAUUGACAUUAAACAUAUUU